CUUGUUUCAACAGAUCUUAUGGGUAGAGGAAUUGAUGUACAAUAAUUAUCAUUAGUCAUCAAUUAUGAAUUCCCAAGAUUAAAGGAACAAUAUAUCCAUAGGUAAUAAUAUUGAAAUCUAUUAUUUUAGAGUUGGAAGAGCUGGUAGAUAUGGUAGAAAGGGAGUUGCCAUUAAUAUGGUAGCACAAUAAGAAGCUAAUCUCUUGUUAGAAGUUGAAAAAUAUUACAACACUAAAAUUGAUGAAAUGCCCAAAGACUUAGCAGAAGUAGAAAAAGAAUUAAGUUGAAAUAUGGGUAUUUGUUAUAAAAGAG